AUUAAUGUAUAAUUAUAUUCUAUUUUUAAUGUUACAUUUAAUGUGUUCAUAUUUUUAUGCCGUUUGUCUUUUCAUUGACUGAAUUUUAGAUCAUUGGAUGAAGUUUGUACUUUCUGUUACAUCAGGUUUUUUCAGUAAACUCAAUGAAUCUGAGAUUACAUUACAUUACAUUUCAUUUAGCUGACGCUUUUAUCCAAAGCGACUUACAAUAAGUGCAUUCAAACCCGAGGGUACAUACCAAGGACGACAAGAAUCAAGAAAAUACAAUUUCUUCAAAUAAAGCAAAACUACAAAGUGCUAUAAGUAAGUGCCAUUUAAGUGCUACUAAAGUGUUAGUUUCAAAAAGUUGUUAGUGUUCUUUUUUUUUUUUUUUUUUUUUUUUUUUAUUUAUUCAAGGUAAAGUCGGAAGAGGAGCCAGGACGGAAAACAGUCGUGUUUUUGAUGAGUGUUUAGCUCGCAGUGAGGGAGCAACGAGCUGAUUGGCCGAAGCAGAGCGGAGUGAACGGGGUGGGGGGUAACGUUUGACCAUGUCCUGGAUGUAGACUGGACCGGAUCCGUUCACAGCAUGGUAAGCAAGUACUAGUGUUUUGAACCGGAUGCGAGCAGCCACUGGUAACCAGUGAAGGGAGCGGAGGAGAGGAGUAGUGUGAGUGAAUUUAGGUUGGUUCAAAACCAGUCGAGCUGCUGCAUUCUGGAUGAGCUGCAAAGAGCUGCAGAGAUCUGGUUUCUUUUCGUUGUGUCCUCUGUGUAAAACUCACUCAACAGUCCAGUUUGAGAAAAACACAGCAAAACGUCAUACAUUUCAAAAAGUAAAGAUAGUUGUACUGCUGCUUGUAAGUCUACUGCUCCCAUCAGUGUCUCUGCAACUGGUGCCUCCUGGUGGUCAUAUUUACGAACUGCAUCUAUCAAAAGUGAAAGUAAAGCUGCAGAACGAGACCAAACCCUUUUGUUCGACGACGUGAGUUCUCACUUUUCCAGGUCCAUGUGGACAUUAGCUCGAUUUAGUGACCUUGGAUUUAUUUCUAAAUCUGAACUAGAUCCUGAUUUCUGUCUUUAAAGUCGAUACCUGGACUUGCUUGAAGGAUAUUUCCAUUUUGGAUCACACCACUACAAUGGGUUUACACAUGAUGACCCACGUGCACCUUUUGCUGCUUCUUUGCUCGUCUUUGUCAACCGCUGCCCCUGCUUCAAAGAGCCUCGUGGUUUUGGUCAGGUCGCCUGUCUUAGAGCAGCUUGGUAGAGAAACCACACUACCAUGCUGGCUCAAUCCACCACAGAGUGCCGAGGCUCUGGAGAUACGCUGGUAUCGCAAUGACCGCUUCGAUAUCCCGAUCAUACUGUAUCAGAAUGAAAAGAUGACCGCGACAAAGGAUGCUUCGUACGAGGGUCGAGUAUCGUUUGGCCUGAAGGAUGCAGCGUCCGGUGGGCUGGCAGCAGGAGACGUGAGCCUGAAGCUGCUAAAUGUUGGGAUUGAGGACGAGGGAGAAUACAUUUGUUACGUGAGCAGUGAUCAGGGUUAUGACCGUGGAAGUGUCAGUCUCAAGGUGACAGAAACAGGAACCACUCCGCUCCUGUCAAUGGUGUGGGCAGAAGAAAACCUGGUUAAAUUGAGCUGUGGAUCUGAAGGCUGGUAUCCGAGGCCGAAGCUGCAGUGGGCCGACCAGAAGCAAAAUCUGACCCCAAAGAGUUUGGAGUACAGCAAUGUCUCUUCUGGUCUUGUGUCAGUCCACAGCUGGGUGCUGGUCCCAAGGUCCUCGGAGGUUUCCUGCUCAGUGGGUCUCUCUGACGUGGACAUGAAGGAGGCAAUAUUGCAGCUGGACAUCCCUCCUCCACCUGCCAAACAGGUGGUUCAAUCAGCGCCUGGAUUGGUGGCUGUAUUGGUGAUCUUCAUUCUACUCUUCUUGGCCGCUUUAGCUGUACUUGGAUGGCCCUACAUCAAAAAGAGAGUUUUACCGAAGAAAGACAAAUUAGACGGCAGCCAAGCUGCGGAGAAUAUGAAGCUUUUACCAGAAGUUGAGCCGACAGCUCUUGAAGAAGCUAAAAAGCAUUACGUAAAUAUUGAACUGGAGGAUAAAGGAAAUCCAUACGUCACAAUCAAAGAUGGUAUCUUCAGAGACAGUAACCAUUGUGAUGUAACAGCAGUUACCUGUCUCACAGCGAUAAGGGGAACCCCUGGCUUCACUUCAGGUCAACACUACUGGGAGGUUUCUUUGGAGAGUCCUAAUUUAAAGGUCAAACAGUCCUGGUGGGUGGGGGUAACAAAGGCAACUGACUUCCCUCUGCAGGGUGAUGCUCCUUCUAGCACAUCAAAUGGUUUCUGGUUCCUGUCGUCUUCCCCUGAGAGAGCAGGCAGCUUUCAGCUAAACACAGAACCAAAGGUUUUACUGCCUGUUCGCUCAAGACCGAGAACAGUCGGUGUGUAUCUGAAUUAUGACGGCGGAGAGCUUUCCUUUUAUAAUGUGGAAGAUGAAUCUGUCAUUGGAUCUGUCACUGCUACGUUCCAAGGGGAAGUCUUUCCGUUUUUCAAUCCUGGUAAAGGUGACAGAGUACCUAUGGAGAUAUUAAAGAGGACAGAACAGGGAGCGUGUAAUGACACAGGGAACAAUGAAAGGGCACAAAAGCCUGAAUCUUAUUAACUUCUGGAUCUAAACUUUUCCUACAUAAUAAUUAUACAGCAACUGCAGGGAAUCAUGAAAAGCGUAGAGGGGCAAAUCUUACCCUGUGCAUGUGUUGUAUAUACUUCAAUCUGGCUUUGCUAACUGGCAACAAUGCCCAUUCAUCAUUACAGCAUUUAAACUACAUGAUGAUAUGUGAUUGGUUAAUCAAAAUAAGAUGUAGAUUGUGUCUCUAUUAUAGUAAUAUUUACCUAAUGUAAUGCAUUACUACACUACAUGAUGUUAUUUAUACCAACCUUAUAUUGACGUCAUAAUGAUGAUCAUCUUUCCCGCUGUAUCAUCAUAAAUUAGUUUUCGAUCUGUAUAAGCUUGAGGGCCUGUGCAUGUAGGCAGAGGAGGUAUGUUGAGAACUGCAAUGUCAUUUUCUGACUCUUGUGAAUUUUUCAUGACAUUACUUAAUAUGGGACAUCAUCUGAAGAAGGAUAAUUGUCUCUUCAAUACAAGUUUUAGAUUGUUUCUCUAUUGUUUGCAAAGCUUUUUUUGGAAAAUGUGUGUAAUAAAUGUCAAUAUUUUUGACAGCUCCUAAAGCUAUUCACCUGGAGAUACACUCCCAAGUCCUAUUUCUUAUAUUGUGUUUUUGAUAUUAUAUUUGAUGUGUUCGUCUUUUUAUGCCAUCCAUUUCAUUAGGUUUGUACUUUUCGUUACUAUCAGCUUUUUCAAUAAACUCAAUGAAUCUGA